AUGAUUCCAAAUAUAUAGAAAGUGGAAAAUUCUUUUGAAUUCGUAAAAUAAUUUGCAAGUGCAGUAGGAAUAUCAUUAACAAAUAUAGAAGAUGCCAUUGUUACAUUAAAAGGGAUAGAAUUACUUAAUAUAUUUGACACAACAUAAGGAAUAUCAUAAAAAUUAAUAGAUAAUUAUAAACAAUAAAUAAUACCUUAAAUUUUGAAUCUAUUAGGAAGUUUAAAUAUAAUUGGAAAUCCGAUAAAACUAUUUAGUAAUGUUUCUACAGGUGUAAAAGAUUUUAUACAAAAACCUAUUUAAGGAUUAGUUUAAGGACCCAUUGAAGCUGGAAUGGGAUUAGGAUAUGGGGCUACUAGUUUAUUAAAAAAUGUUAUGUGUGGAACAUUUAAUUCUAUUGAUAAAAUUGCAGGGUCUUUUUCAAAUGGAAUUACCCAUUUAUGUAUUGAUGAUGAUUUUAUUUAAUAAAGGCAUGAAAAAAAAUCUAAAAAACCAAAAGAUGCAUUUGAAGGGAUUGAAUAAAGUUUAAUUUGUAUAUAUAAUGGUGUAAAAAGUGGUGUUAUAGAUACAGUAUAAAAACCAAUAUAAGGGUCUAAAGAAAAUGGUAUUAAAGGAUUUAUUAAAGGAACUUGGUAAGGUAUUUCUGGAGUAAUAAUAAAGCCUGUAUCAGGAAUAUUAGACGCUAUUUCGAAAACUGCUGAAGGUUUUAAAAAUACAGCUAUGUAUUUUGACUCUAAGCCAAAUGAUUAAAGAUUAAGAUAAAUAAGAGUUUUUUAUGAAUACGAAUAGUUUUUUUAAGAAUAUAAUGAAAUUGAUAGCGAAAUAAAAAUGGGAAAUUUUAUACAAUAACUUAAAAGUUCCAUUCCUUCUUAACCAUUAAAAAACCCAUUAACAAAUACCGCUUUAAGUAAAUUAAGAGAAUAUCAUGGUUCAUUUAAAAGUGUUUGUGAUACAUUUGCCAUAGAAUAAUCUGAAUUUGAUUAAAUUUUAGGACAGCCAGAUAAAAGUGAUAAAUUAUUCAGUAUUUGGGAUACAGACAAAAACGGAUUAAUAGAUGCUUUAGAGCUAUUCUCGGGUUUAAUAAUAUUUUCGGAUGGAAAAUUUGAAGACAAGCUUAGAUUUUUAUUUGAUAUAUUCGAUUUCAAUGAAUUAAAUAGCUUAAGUAUUAUAGAUUUGGAAUUCAUGAUGAUUUCGUGUUGCAACGCAGCUUUUAAAAUGUAUGGAGUAGACUCAGAAGUGAAUGAAGAAGAAAUAUCAGAUUUCUUAGGCAAACAUUUUAAUGAUGAUUCGCGUGUAAAUAUAUCUCAAAUGUUAAAAUGGUGUGCAAAAGUGGACGAAAUAAACUAAUUUAUGAAUGCAAUAGACAAGUAAUUGCCUGAAAGUAAAAAUUCGAAAUAAUAGCAAGUCGGAAAUAUGCUUUUUGAUGAUAAAAAAGGCCGCUUUGAAGUAAAAUCUUUAGGUUAAAUAAUAAAUUCGAAAAAAUAUUAAUAAAAAAUUGAUUGGUUGAGUGCAUUAUCGAAAAAACUUUUUUAUUUAAACAGGUCUAAUACUAAUAGUACAAGCCAAAAAGAUACUUAUUGCAAAAUAAAUUGGGUUUAUGGAUUCCGUUCAUAAGAUGUAAAUCAUCCUAUCGAAUAUAUUCGGCCUAAUAAUAAUUAAAAGUCAGAAAGAAUACUCUAUUUUACAGCCUGUAUUGUUGUUAUUUUUUAUCCUUAAGUAAUUUUUUAUUUUUAAAAAAAAAGAUAUUAAUAUAAAUAUUUUUAGAUUAAAGUCUAAUAGCAUUAUUUAGAACAUGAUAGAGAAGUUAUUUGUUUAGCGGUUUCGAAAAAAAAUCGUUUAGUUGCUAGCGGAGAAUUAGGUGAUAAACCACAUAUUCAUGUUUGGGAUCCAGAUACUUUAUAAAACUUAGGGGUAAUAAAGGGAAUUCAUUAAAAAGGAAUAUCAUUUAUAACUUUUUUUAGGGAUGACGAAUUUAUAGCUAGUUGUGGUUUAAGAUUAGAUUCUCCUAUACUUAUUUAUAGUGUAAAGGAUUAUACUUUAACUUUAAGUACUUUUGUUGAAGAACCUACGAUUGAGCUUCUAACAAUAAGAAAUUACAUAGGAUCAUUUGAAAAGCUAGAUAAAAAAUCAAACUAAAAUUACAAGACAAUAACAAAAAAAGAUUAUUAAAAUUCAUUUAUAGUUGUAACGUCUCGAAAAAUUUUAAUGUUACAUUAUCAAAAUGGUCAUUUUUAACAAGCAGAAAUAUCAUUAAACACCCGUGAAAAUUCUCAAAUAAGUGAAAUAACAUGCGCUGCAGCAGUCCGAAUGAACAACAAUCAACCUUAUUUGAAAGCAUUCUAAUAAUAAUCAGAAGCAUGUAUAGUAUUAAUAACAGGGCAUGUAGAUGGAUCUGUAUAUAUGUGGUGGAAUAUGGAUUAAGACUAAAAAGAAAGCAUGUAUAAGAACUAAAAUGCUAUUUUAUGUAUAAUUACUUAUUAAUAUGGGAUAAUUAUAGCUACAGAAGCUUCUACUAUACAUUUUUGGGAUUUAAAUAUGAAAAUUAAUAUUAAAAAUAUAGAUCUAACUACCUUUGCGUUUAAACUUUUUAAUUAUAAUAUUGCAGAUAUUCUAAUUGCAGAUGAUAAAUUACUAGUAUCAACGACUUAUGGUGAUAUUAUAGAAAUUAAACUUAAUUAGAAACAAGAAUGGACUUCAAAUAAAUUCAUUUAGAAAAUGCAUGCUAAUAGGCUUAACUUUAUCACUAAAUUAAAUGGUAAUCUAAAUGCUAUGUGUAUCCUUGAAAGACCAGAAAAUGAUGAUAAAAUAUUAUUCGUAGCUGGAUAAUCGGGAGUUGUUUACGGAUUCUCCCUUGAAACGCAUGAAAUAGUUGAUAUUUGGACUAUUGGACAAGAAAAACCUAUUACUGCUAUGGAUUGUGUUAAUUUUGAAGACGGAGGCACAGUAUUUGCUGUUGGAUGCAAUAAUGGGCAUAUCUAUAUGAGGAUUGAUUGGGAGGAAUCUCCAAGAUCUUAUGAUUGCAAAUAAAUGAUUAUGGAUUUAAAAUUUUCUAGUGAUACAUAUUAUUUAAUUGCUGCCUGCUAAGAUUGUCAAGUUUAUCUUUUUAGUUUAAGUAAUAAUAGUUAUUUUUAAGUAAACCCGAAAAAACUAUAACUUGAAGAAGUUCCUAUUUCUAUUGACUUCUUAGAUGAUAAUAAGAGUUUUUUAAUAGGAACAAAUAUGAGAAACUAAUAUAAAGUGGAAUUACCGGAUCUUAAAAGCAAAAAUAUUUAACAAGAAAACGAAAAAAUAAACUGCACUAUAUGGAAUAUGAGGUAUCCUUUACAUACUAAAAAUUAUGCUGAUUCUUUGCUACCUAUUAUAAUUGGAGGAGAUAUAAAAGUAAUGAAAAAAAAUUAAUAAAAAAAUAUAUAUAAAAAAAAGGUAUUCUUAGCUGCAGGAGAAUCUGGAUAUUUAUUUUUUUGGAGAGAUCAUGAAUAAUUAGAAUCAAAUUGUGGAGGUUUCUUGAAAGGACACGCCUCAUAAAUAUCGAGAUUACUAAUGACAAAAAGUCAAGAUAUAUUUUUUUCGUUAGGAUCACAAGAUAAUACUAUAAUAGAAUGGCAAGUAGAUUUCAUAAAUGAUUACAAUGAUUUUUCUAAGCCAUUCCAAGAGGAGAAGAAUUUUCUUCCUUCCAGUUAAUUAACAGAAAACAAAGUAGCAUAAAUAAAAGAUGAUGUACUAAUACGAGAACUAGCCUACAGUUAUAUUGGGAAGAAUAAUUAUAUUUCAGAUGCUUUUAGAGAUACUUUUUUACUUUUCAGAGGAACAAACUAAAAAACAUUAAAUUUGCAUUUAUAAAACUAAAUCCCGAAUCUACAAGACUAGAAUCAUUUGCACAAAAGGCCUCCUUAAGCAAGUCUUGAAUUAGAUUUUAUAUAUGGAUUUUAAGCUUUUGAUAAAAGAAGAACUUUAUAUUAUGCCCAUAUAUAUUAUGAUAAAAAUUACAAAGAACAAGACAAUAAUAAUAUAAAUGUAAGUAAAAAAAAGAAAGGUAAAAAAUUCGAUAGAGAAGAUAUUUUGAAAAAACUUAGUAAACAUCGAAAUAUUCUAGCCUAUUAAUAAAAUAAAAGUGUUUGUUUGACUUCUGCUGACUAAGGAGUUUCAAACGAAUUAAAUUAUGACUAAUCUCAUGAUAAUUGUGAAAGAAAUUUCGUUUAUUUUACUUCUAGAGUUGGAAUAGUAUAUAAUCCUGCUAAAAAUAAACAAAUUUUUUAUGAAGGUCAUAAAUCAAAAAUCACUUGUAUGGUAGUUUAAUAAUUAAAAUUUAUAGUUGCAACAGGAGAAGCAGCUUCAAAACCUAGUAUUCAUAUUUGGAAUGUAUUAAAUUGUGAGCCUCUUAAAAUACUUCCAACUUUUCAUAAAAAUGGGAUUGUAACAAUUGCUUUCUCGUAAAAUUCGAGUAUAAUAGUUUCUAUUGGAAUGGAUAUUAAUUUUUCUAUUUAAGUCACUAAUUGGAAAACUGAAGAAAUAAUAGCUCUUAGAAAUAGCGGAUAAUACCAUAUUUUCGAUGUUUGUUUUAAUCCUUAUAAUAAAUAUGAACUAGUUACUUGUGGAACUUAAAAUAUUACGGUUUGGGAAUUAAAUGGUAGAAAUUUAUUAAGAAAACUUGUAGUGAAUGCUUCUAAUGAGAGUGUUCAUGGAGCUAAUUGUUGUAUUACUUGUGUCGAUUAUUUAAGUUAUUGGCUCAAUGAAAAAAUUGAAACUGAUAUUAUUGCUGCUAAUAACUACGGAGAUUUAAUUCUUAUUACUUGUAAUAAAUAUAUUCCUGUUAAAGAAAGGGCCCAUUCUAAAAUGAUCAAUUGCAUUAAAAUUUUUACUGCUUUUGAAGAAUAUGUACUUAUUAUUACUGCUGGAGAAGAUGAACUUAUAAAAAUAUGGGAUACUAAAUUUAAUUAAAUAAAUGAAAUAUCAACAAAGAAACUAGCUUAAUUUGAUUACUUUACUAAAAAUAAAACUCUUUAAGAAAUGAAAAAUCUAUCCGCUUAAUCUAUAGAUGUUUAUUUUUGUAAUAUGAGAUAAUAAAAAAAUAACUUAAAUAAUAAAAAAAGUACAUCUUAAGCAUUAAAAUCUAUUUCUAAAUCAAAUAAAAUAGACGAAUAAUAAAAAAAAUAGUGGCCAACAAUUUUAAUUGGAACUAGAAACGGUUCUAUUCUAGAAGCAACUUUCGAAUUAGAUUAGUCUGUUCUUAAAAAAGCUUCUUCGGAUGACUAUCAUACAAAGCCAGGUGCUAUAAUAAGAGUAAAUACUUUAAAUUUACAAUUUCAGAAUACUUAAGCUUCCAUAGUAGUUAAUAAUAAAAUACAUAAACAAAAACUAAUUUAUAUGAAAACAUUUUUAAUAAAAAAGUAAAAAACAAAAAAUAAAUAAAAAUAUUUAUUUAUAAAAUAAAAAAAACAGAUUUAUUUUACCUUACAUCCUGAAGAACCUAUAAUGGUUACAGUAGGAGAAGACGGAAAUUUGUUUAUGUUUGAUAUAAAAACUAACAAAUCUUUAAUUUAAUAAUUUUUGAGUAAAACUCCUUCCGCAAUUAAAUUUUCUCCAGACGGCUCUCUACUAGUAAUAGGUUUUGUAUGUGGAACAAUAAGAAUUUUCGAUUCAAAAAUAAGUAAAAAUAAAAUGGGAAAAUUAGCAGAGAAAUAUGAACCUCCUUCUUUAGAUUGCUUAAAUAUAAUGAAUGAUGGAAAAACAGCAGUUUUAAAUAUUUAAUUUACUUAAAAAGGUGACUUUAUGGCAGCUUCUUUUGACAAUUCAAGGCAGUCUAAAGAAUUUGAAAGCAAGUUUGAAAAGGAAGGCUCAUAUAUUUCAAUUUAUACAAAUAGAGCUAGUCAUAAAAACAAAGGACGAAACGAAAAAAAUACUUAUUAAAAGCUUAUUGAUAUAAGAUGUCCCAGUGUAUAUGAAAGUUAUAGAACAGAUUCAAAUGCAUAUGGUUGUGCCGUUUAUUUUAUGACAUUUUCAAAAGAUGAAGAUUUCCUUCUCAUAUAUUAUUAAUUGGUUGAUAAUUAUUUAGUGAGAAUAAAUCAUGAUUAAUAAGGACAUUAUAUGGUAUGGGACAUUAAAAAUAAUUAAGCAGUAAAAUUAUGGGAUAGCAUAAAAAGUAUUUAAUGGUAAAUAUUUAAUUUCCCAAAUUCUUUAGUAGCAUAGUACUAAUAUUAUUCUUAAUUAUUGAUUCCUGAUGAAGGAUUUGGAAAUACUUAACAAGGAAGUUCUUCAAAUAAUAACAACUAAUUAGUAGGCCAUAAUACACAGCCUCCUUAUAUGUCAGUAAUGUUAAGCUCAGGUAAUACAUUAAUAUGUGGAAGUAUAAAAGGAGAUUUACAUUUAGUUAAAUAAUAAUGCCUAUAUUCGGAUAAGGAUUUCUAAAAUCAAUAAAACAAGCCUAAUUAUAUGUGCUUAGCAAAAAGUUACUCAGCUCAUGUUUCUUUUGUAAAUUAAUGCGAAAACUCGCCAGGAACUUUCGAAUAUUUAUUCACAUCAGGAAUUACAGAUGAAUGCGUGAUGAAAUGGAAACUUAAAAGCGAAGAGCAAUUGUGGGAUUUGGAUAAUAUUAACCAUAGAUUAGAUUAACCUGAUAUUUUUGCUGAACUUGUUACCAAAGAUAAAUUUAAUAAUCUUAUUAAUGAAGUGCUUCCUUAAAGAGGAGAAAUAGCGGAAGUUUGUUCUUAAAUAGAAGACACUAAAGAAAGUUCUAUAGAAUUAUAACUAUCUAAUGCUAUUGGAAGAAAAGCUUAUAAUAGAUAUAAUAAUCUUUUUUAUGACUAUGAUGAAAAUAUAUUAUAUAUAGCAGGAUGUAAUUUAGUUGUUUUUAAAGGAGAUUAAUUUGAUGAUCAAAAUUAAAAAACUGUCCCAGCUUUUAAAAAUAAUUUUACUGACGAUGAAUAAUUUUUAACUUUAAAAUAAGAAUUCAUUAAAUUAGAUGCUUCGCAAAAUAGUACAUUCCCUUAAAUAUCUUGUUUUAGUUUAUCAGAUAAUAAGAAAUUCUUGGUUGCUGGAACAGUAGAAAUACAAGCUAAAAUACUAAUAUGGGAUAUAUGUAGUAGAACAUGUAUUAGAACAAUGCGACUAACAAAUAGCCCUAUGAUUUUAAAGGCAAAAUUUGCUCAUAAUAAUAGACAUAUAUGUGUAGUAGCAUUAACCAAUGAUUAUACUAUGUGUGUUUAUUUAGUUGAUUCAGGAGCUCCUUAAAUACUUGGAUGUUGCAAUUUUCCUUAUACUUUACCGUAUAAAAUUAAAGAUUUAUCUUUUUUGCCAAAUUCUAUUAAUAAAUUUAUAACCUGUGGUAUUUAACAUAUGUCAUUGUGGAAAUUCAAUGGCUCUAUUUUAUCAUUUUAGCCUUUAGAAAUUGAAAACCCAAAAGAUAAAGAGAAUGUAAAAAAUAAUGCAGAUUUUGUAAGGGAUGAUGGAAACAAAGAUGAAUUUCCUGAAAAGGAUUAAGAAUAGUAAAAUGAAGAAGAAGAUGAUGAACAAGAACUUAGAGCUACUUUCUUAUGUAUUAUUUUUGUUUAGGAUGUUAUUAUUACUUCAGCAGAAGAUGGAUUCUUAUAUGUCUGGGAAGGAAAUAAAAUUAUUUAAAAAUAACUUGCUCAUUAAAAAAUUCCUAUUACUAGUUUAUUUGCUAAAAAAGAAAGCAAUUUAUUUGUUUCUGGAGGACUUGAUGGCAGAGUUAAUUUAUGGGAAAUAAUUCCUUCUGAAUACAAUUAUAUUAUUAAUAAAGUUUAAGAAUAUUCAAUUACUAAUUUACCUGUUUCAGAAGCUGUUAAAUCUGCUGAAUAUAAUAUUUAAUCAGUUUGUAUAGGACAAAAAUAUAUUUUAGUUGGAACAAAAAGUGGUGAUAUUUAUGAAUUAAUGCUUCCUUAAUAUACAGAGGAAGAAGCUAAUAAAUUAAAUAUUUAAAAUGAAUUAGAGUAAAAUUAAUAAUAUGCAGAAAAAUAAUAAUAGUCUGAUGAUGAGGAAUACGAAUAAUAGUAGUAACAAUAACAAGUGAAUGUACAAAAGCAAUAAAAAUAACAACAAAUUAAUCUUCGUUUAAAUUGCCAUGAUUAAGAAAUACCACGUUCAUUACUUUUAUGCAGUAUAGAUAAUUUGUCAACCUCAGUCGAAUUUGUAGAUUUUACAAUUGAUAACUCUUAUUUACUCUAUAAAGAUAAUUUCGAAGAAGUAUCUAUUAUAGAUCUUACUAAUCAUAAAAAAAUAAAUACUAUAUAUAUUGAACAUGAUGUUGAAUGGUGUUCUGAUGGCAUUAAAAUUAGUGAAAAAACUAAAGGUGUUCAUAGCUAUUAUAAUGAUGAAAAUAAAAUACUUAAAAUCACUCCUAUUAAAAAUUGUAUUGCUGUUACAGAUGAAAUGGGUACUAUAAGAAUAUUUAACUAUCCUUGCGAAAGCGGAACUGGAAACGGAUAUAUGAUGUGCUAUCCUGAUCAUUUAAAUAAUAUUAAUUAAUGCGUCUUAUCGCCUAAUGGAUAAUUUUUAGUUACUUCUAGUGAAAGGGAUAGAUGCAUUUUUAUUUGGACUGUUAAGUAGAAUUUAAAUGAUGAAGAAGAAGAAGAAGAUUAUUAUUAAAAUAAUGAUAAUAAUGAUGAAAAUAUUAGAGCUGAUAGUGUUUAGAAAACUAGAACUAAAAAUUAAAACAAUUUAAGCAAAAAUUGA